GCUUCAAGUUCAGGGCGGUGCUUCAUCACGAGGUCGCUGAUGGUGCGGCCACGGUGAAGGGGUAUAAGAAGCUGGAAGAGAUGGUGAGGCGAUUCUAGAUCCCCAGGACCAUCCUGAUCCGAGCUGGGACGCCAAAUGAACGAGCGUGUUCAGUGUCACGGACAGGCUGGAGUACGAGCUGGCCCUUUCGCAACUUACUCCCAACAGCAUAAAGUUCAUCAUAGGAUUUAUGCUGUUGUGCGAAAGGCUGGGGAUGCCUGCGAAGGCGGUGGUCUUCAGGUCGCUUUUCCUAUGCCGUUUGUGUCCGUCUACCAGCGGGACGAGGUGAAUCGGCUGCUCGACUAUGUGAAAGCGAGGGGGCUGGUGGAUUUGGAAACCUUGGUUACUCCGGAGCAGAUCGCACUCCUCGGAUUUGUCGAUGUGGCAAAUCUACACUCUCAAGCCUCCUUGAGCGACAACGUCAGCGAGCUCAAGGCUCAAGGGGCCGGGGCGCCGGGUCUAGCUCCCAGCGUCAAUCCCGCUUUGAAGAGCGGCCACCUGCUGCACCGGGGCGCAGUUCGUAGCACCGAAGUUCCAGCUCGACGCAGAGGCCGCGUGCCGAGCAGAGGACUGAGCCGGCACCCUCCAGCUCUAGGAGGCGCGCGAGGGAGGAGUCUGACGCAGAGGAUGACAUUCCACUCAUCCGGCGUAGGACAAGUACCAACUCGUAGCCCGCCCCAGCCGCUGCUGCGCGUCCUGUUGGCGUGCAUCAAGCGUCAGCUCGCGAGGUUGCAGAGGCCGCCCCCACCUCGUCGUCUGCUGCGCGCAAAGGGGCACGUUCAGCAGCAUGGAGGACAUGCUGCGCUGAUAAAGCUGAUGGAUGCGUUCAGCUAUACGGUCGCACUCUUCGAGUGUGAGCAGGGGGCCAGGGCGCAGAACCACGAGCUCCAGAAAAGCUGCAAACAACUGGCCACUGAAAAAGCUAGCUUGACUGACGAGGUCAGUCGUUUGCAGAGCUCGGAGAUGGCAGACCGAGCAGCAUCAGCUGAGAGUCGAGCCGAUGAGCUGGCCUGUAAGGUUGACGAGCUGAAGGAGGAGCUCGUGAGGGCCCAAGUGGAGAAGGAAAGCGGCAUUCAGGCUGCUAAGGAGGAGCUCGGCCGUGCAGAGGAACGCGCCAAGAAAGCGGAGUUUGACAGGGAGAAGACUCUGCACGAGCUGAGCUCCUUGAAGGAGAGGGUGGUGCAGGCCGACCAGUAUGUUGCCCAAGCUGAGGCGUCCCUGGAAAGCACUAAGAGGGCCCACCAGCGUGACGUCUGCUUUGCUCGCGCACAGGGGGCUGAAUGGCUGUCACUGUUUACAAAUGAUCAGUAACGACCUGAGCACUAAUAAUAUACACGUUAACUAUAAAACUUUCUAAGAUUG